CCCCAGACCCCCCCUGCCAGUCCUGGUCCUUCCUGCGCUGCCCCCCAGAGGAGGAGGAGGAGUGCGGGGGCGGGGCCAAGUGCGAGCCCUGUGGGCGGGGCUACGCCCGGGCCAACUCCUCCUCCCCGUGCCUGCCCCGGUGCCCCGGUGGCUGCGGCCCCGGUUCCUGCGUGGCCCCCGCCCGCUGCCGCUGCCCCUUCGGCUCCGUGGGGCCCGGCUGCGGCGUCGCCUGCACCUGCAACGCCCGCGGCCACUGCGCGGGGCCCGGCCUGCGGCGCCGCUGCUCCCACUGCCGCCACAACACGCAGGGCCCGCAGUGCGAGCGCUGCCUCCCCCUGCACGUGGGCUCGGCGCGGGGGGCGGGGCCGGCGGGGGGCGUGGCCGGCGGGGGGCGGGGCGGGUGCCGCCCUUGCCGCGCUUUCUGCCACGGCCGCAGUGACGCAUGC